UGCUCUUGGCUGGGAGCCCAGACGAGGCUUUUGUAAUCAAAACAUGAUCUUGUAUGCUGUGCAACCAGUGCUGAGAAAGGCCGUCUGAUGGCUCUCCUCUUUUAGCUCUGCUUUGGAAUCCACCAGGCUUCACCGCCGAGAUCCAAAAUGCAGCGAUCUAACAGCAGCUGUGAAAUGUUGCCCUAAGCUAACACCUGCUUAAUGAGAGGCUGCCAUGGUGGAUGAUGCCGUGCUGCGGAAGAAAGAGCAGAAAGAUGUUGAACUGGAUAAGAAAAUCCUGGCUUUGCGGAAAAAGAAUGAAGCUCUCAUACGAAGGUACCAGGAAAUAGAAGAAGACAGAAAGCGAGCAGAGCAGGAGGGGAUGGCUGUCACUUCCAGGAGACCCAAGCAGGAUGGUCUGACUAUUACUAUCACCAAGGCCCAUAACGAGAAAAGGGUGGUGAGUGAGAAAUGGGGAAGCAGCUGCCCCACCAGCCCAGGGCUUGGAGUCGGCAGUGAGGAGGAAGAUGAGGAGGAAGCAGAUCAUAUGUUUACAUUCAGGAUGGGAAAGAGGAUGCAGCUGGCUGUUACUAUGGACAACAAAGCCAAGGGGAAGCGGAUUGUCAGUGAGAAACAGAGUUCAGAUGGCCUCCUGAGUCAAGGUGGGGACCCAGCCCUGAACGAGGAAGAGGUGGACCACCUGGUAGCUUUCCGCAGAGGGAGACGGAUGCAGAUUGCCAUCACCAUGGACAACAAGGAAAAAGUGGAUGAAAGGAGAACAGUGGAGAGGAGGCGAUCAGACACUGAUAAGUAUUCAGAGAGUGAGCACAACAUAAAGGAGGGAGGGAAACCUCUCCAGAAGAGUCCAGGAGACAUGGGUUUCACCAUGACUGGACGAGAACGCUCAGAAUACGUACGAUGGAAGAAAGAACGAGAUCAGAUCGACCUUGAGAGGCUAGCGCGCCACAAGAACGCAAAGGGCGAAUGGCGACGGGCUUGGGAUAUAGAAAAGUCAGAGCACAUGUUUGAGGAGGACUUUACUAAGGAUGGGGAGCCAGUCUUGGAUAAUCUCAGCAGUAAGAAAGGGGGAAGAAAUGCCAGGAAAUUCCAGCACAGGUCCUUUCCUUCUGAAGGGAGAGGUGGAGGACAAAGCACUACGAACACAAGUGAGUCUGCUUCCAAAACAGUGCCAGUUGUGAGCAGUAAAGCCAGAGGAAAGGAUCGACUGACUGGCAGAGCCAGAAGAUGGGAUGCGAAGGAAGGUGAAGACAUGCCCUUUCUAAAGGAUGACCCUGAUAACCAGAGAUCCACCAGUGCUGACACACUGAAAAGCCAAGUUCCAGCUGGCAGGGAGGUGACGGAACAGAAUUGCACAGCAGAUCAGGAAGUGAACAUGGAGCAGCAAAGGCCCCAAGACCCUGGUUUCUUCUCAUCACAAGGGGAGAGAGGUGGAAAGGUUCUGUCUGCACAGGACAAUCAGAGGGAGAAACAGCAGGCAGGGAAGUGCCUCAGCAAGGAAGUGGCAGUGUCCAGUGUGGGUGACUCAGAGCCAGAAUCAAAGCUAAGUCAGGAAGGAAUUCUGGAAGCUAAAACUGGGAAGCCUAGCACUACCAAUCUCUCCCAGCAGGGCAGCUGCAUGAACAGCAGCACUUCCCAAAUCAUCACUACAAGCACUAUGCAAGCUGCUGGCCCUGGCAGUAAGGGGAGCAUGUCAACACCCCUGGGAAAUGGCUUAGAGAAAAAUGCUCCAUCAGAAAGAGAACCCAUUGAGGACUCUUCAGAAAGCCUCAGCGGAAAGCUGGAAGAGGCAGCACGUGGUAGAUGUGAUGGAGCCAAAGGACUGUCACUGAGGAGAGUGGAUGAGGUGACCCAAUACACUGGUUCUGAGGGGCAAAAAGUCACAAUGAAAGGAAGCGAGGUAGCCACAUGCCUUGAACAUAGAGGGGAUCCUGCAUCCCUGAGGAAAGACAUCUCAGCCAAGAUUGGGGUCUCGCAGAACAGGAAAGGUGACCCGCCUGAGAAGUGUAGUUACAAAAACAGUGGGGACAAUCAGAACUCAAGGAGAAUACACUGGAUUGCAAGAGAUUGAAGGACAAAGUGCUAAGAGGUGGUUGAUGAGAAAGGAAGCUGAGCACAAUCUUCUCCUCACUCUCAGAGCUUGUAUGAAAUCAGCUUUGGGCACCAGGCCUUCACCUUUCAUCAUCCAAUAUCAACAUUCACCACAAACUAGAUCUCACUGGUCAGUAGCCAUUCACCUCCCUGAAACUGACUGGUCACCAUUUUGGCAUCACCUCUCAGUACCUGUCUCUGUGCCAAAUGACAGAGAAACCUACAAAUCAAAUUGCCAGAGGGGAGAGAAGAUGAAACACCGUCACUUUUAUUUUGUAUUUGUUUUUCUUACAUUGUGAGUGUGUGGCAAGCCAUGAUUUAUCUACUGUAUGCACUUUAUUUUAUAUAAUAACCAAUUCUAUUUAAAACUGAGGUUUGAUUUUCAGCGCCUCCCUCCUGCUUAAGGGCUGACAGGAUACUGCACCUUCCAGGAAAGGGUGAUAGAAGGGUUUAAGGGUUUAUGGGGAAUGCUUAUCUUGUAGCUUUGUAUUUAAUGGGCAACUGCCAGAUUAGAAGGUAUUCGGGUGGGGGUUCCUGUCUCCUCAUGAGAAACGGUGACAGAAGAGAUGGGUGUUUUGGGGAGGUGUUAAAGUGUAGUUUUGUAGGUGGUUGAGAAAUUGAAGGUUGUUGGGUAAGGCGGAUUAUGCUAGAGCCUCAAAAUGGCUUAAGAGUUGGCAGGGAUGCAAGGAUGUACUGUCGUACGGUCAUCCUGUAGACAACAGGGCAUUGAGGAGGUAGAGUGUUAAGGAGUUACACUGUGGUUCAUGAAUAAUUUUGAAAGGCUCAGAACGAAUCAUUGGUGCCACUAUGUUAUUAAGGAGGUCACCAUUUCCUCCUUUCGGAUUUAGCAGGCACAAAUGGCAGGCAGCACAUUUACUCUGUGGAGAUUAGGCUUUCCUGAGUAGGAUACUGGAUUGAAUGGAUAUGAGUGCCACUUGAAGGGAUCCUGGCAAAGCACCAGGUCUGCUUCUUAAAACCCAGUAGCAACUGGCACCUACUUGGUCAAGCGAGCUAAUGGCACCUAAAAUCACAUGCACCAGGCCAGGUUAGGAGGGGCAUUCAAACAUGGUAAUCCUCCUUCUCUACCCAACCAACCAAGAAUUUGCUAGCACAUGUGAGGAUAUUUGUGGAAAGACUUCUGGGCUAGUUAGGGUUGAACAUCCAGGUUUCCUCUGAGAUCCUUUCACUUUCCUAACCAUGCCCUCUGCUCUCUUAACCUUCCAAAGCCUUCUGCUUGCAUAAGGUGGUACAGUAGUGACUUCCCAGGAAUCUGCCACAUUGGGUUCUUUUGUUUUAGCCUUAAGACAAGGCACUUUUCAUAAGGACUUGACUAAUCCUUUACUAGGGUAAAUCAGAAUAGCUUCAUUGAUUUCGAUGAAAACAUGCUAAUUUACAUCAAGGACCUGGUUCAAAAAUGUCAUCCAAUUAAAGAAAAGAUGGGAAGUGGGCUUGAGAGAUAACAUUACAUAUUUUCAGCUGAUGACUUACAGAGAAGGGGGACUGUCCUCAUUUUCAAACCUGGCCUGAGAUGUGAAGCAGUUUCAUCCUCUCCAUUGAAGGGAGAUGUGAACGUGUGUGUGGAUGUGUGCCUGUGGGCAUGGAGAUUUAUUUGGUUUCCCCUCAAGAAGUGUUGCUAACCUAAAUGGCAGACUGCUUUACUGAGGAGGUUGGCAUGAGUGCACUGGAAUGCUGUUUUAAUAAACGAAUAUUUGCACAGA